GUAUCUGAGAUUAUUAAUGAUGACUCUCGCGCGAAGACCGCGCCACCGAUUCCCACCGAUCUCGCGACCGUUAAUCGGCGAAACCAGUUUCCGGUCCGCGAAUAACCCACAGCCCAGGGUUACGAUCCGAACAACAAAUCGUGCCCCAUAUUUAUUUACGCUCUGGUCGCCACCACCUUCUCACUGUUGGCUCUGAUACUACUAAGAACGCAUGGCCCAGAAGAGCAGGCUCCUCUCGGUCGGCGAUCUUCUACAUCUCGCCAAAGUCGUAACACUUUUGAAUUCUCUGGCAAGAGCAAGAGAAAGUUUGCAGAAAUCGCCAUCCGGGGGUUGCGAUGGUAUAAAAGAACGCGUACCACGAACGGGGUCAGUUUAAAUCAAACCGUAAUGUCAGCUCGUGUGGUAGUGCUUCUGACGGUUGUGUUGCCGGUGGCGAUCGCUUCAUCCCGGGCCGGUAAUCCUUCGGUGCAAAAUGUUCCACGAGUGUGCAUCCGGGACGGGUGUAUGCGGGGCUCUUGGAUGAGAAGCCUGCACGGCGAACGGUACGAAGCGUUUAUGGGAGUUCCGUUCGCAAAACCUCCACUUGGAGCACUCCGCUUCGCAAACCCCGUACCGAACGAACCAUGGACGGAGCAAGAGUUGGAUGCGUCGGGCCGAAUUCCACGAGCGCCCUGUGUGCAGCUUAAUCUCUUUCUACCGGAGCGUGGAGUCGAGGGCAAGGAGGAUUGUUUGUAUCUCAACGUGUACAGACCGUAUAAGGGUAGCAAAGCGGGAGCAGAGAACGCUACCGAACCACUGCCAACACUGGUGUACAUUCAUGGAGGUGGAUUCUUGGCCGGGUACAACUCACCACUCGUGGCCGGAGCUGAAAAGCUGAUGGACCAUAAGGUAAUACUGGUGACGGUCGCUUACCGGUUGGGAGCUUUCGGGUUUCUUUCGACCGGCGAUGCAGCGGCCAGCGGAAACUUUGGCCUAAAAGAUCAACGGUUAGCGCUGCGCUGGGUGCAGCAAAACAUCGAAGCGUUUGGGGGCGAUGCUCGGCUGGUGACGGUCAUGGGACACAGUGCCGGUGGUGCUUCGGUACAUCUUCAGAUGAUGCAUCGGGGAAAUGAAGGCCUAUUUCAGCGCGCCAUCAGUCUCAGUGGAAAUGCUCUGGCACCGUGGUGUGCUCCAAGAGCGAACCCGGAACAGCUUGCCCGGAGGCAGGCGGAUCUGUUGGGGAUAAAAGAGGCGUACCGGUUGAGUACUGCCGAGCUGGUGGAAUCGCUUCGAAGCGUUGAAGCUGACCAGUUUGUCUACAGUUACAAGGGUUUUACGAAUGGAUCACGCUAUCCGGUGAUUGUUUACGGACCGGUUGUGGAGCCAUCCUCCGUUCCGGAUGCGUUCUUAACGGAUACCCCUAAGGAACUGUGGUCGCGUGGGGAGCAUCUGUCCGUUCCCUGGCUAACGGGAAUCGUACCGAACGAUGGAUUCGUAUUUAGCGCUCCUAUACUGAAGGAUACCGAUUGCUCGAAGGAAACGUUCGCCCAACAGAAGACUCUGCUUCUGAACGUUCUCGGGGGCGCAAAACAGUCGGACGCGUUACCCACGCUGCUGGAGCACUAUGUAAAGAAUCAAUCCGCGAUCGGAGAAUGCUUCACAAGGGAUCACGUUAAUAUUCUCACCAAGAUCUUCAAUGAAGGGUUGUUUGAGUAUCCACUUACCCUGAGCGUACGGCAGCACGCGAAUCACACCCGCACGAAAGCUCCCAUCCAUCUGUACAAGUUCAACUAUCGGGGGCCUCAUUCGUACUCCUCCAUCUUCGCGCCAGACAAUGAACCGACGCAGGAUUUCGGCAUCGUUCAUUGCGAUGAGUUGAUCUACAUCUUCCGUGCACCGAUACUGUUUCCCGACUUUCGUCGUAACUCUCCCGAUGCAAUGGUGACGAAACGGAUCACAAAGCUGCUGGUAGACUUUGCACAAACAGGUGUGGCCCCAACCGGCACGAAUGGUGAAGUGAGCUCCAGUGAGUUUCCGGAAGCUUUGGAAUUGGUCAACUCCAACCGUAUGGAUGAACCAGUCUUGCAAACGUAUACAAACUUCUACGAUGAAGAUAUGUUCAACUUUUGGACUCGUUUCUACAGUUACUAGAGAUAAUAAAGCUUUCAUUCGUAGGGUGACAAGUGAUCCCAAGGA